CGCUGCGGCUGCAUCAAUCAUUAAACAGCGGCUCGGGUAGCCAGCGCCUCCCUCCCUGGGAAACCCUACCCGGGACGGCGGGGGCGUCUCUUCUGGCUCCCCGGGAGCACGGGAUGCGCCGCCGGUUUCCAGUUACCGCGAUGCCGGGUGGUGGGGCGGGAGGAGCCGCGGCGGUGCCGCCACUGCUCGUGCUGCAAUGAGUGAUGCUGCUGGGGGCGGCGGCGGAGGAGAAGCAGCAGCAGCAGCGCAGAGCCACCACGGCUCCUCCGCCGGCGGCUGCGGGAGCGGCGGCUCUAACUCGCCCGGGCGGCGGCGGCGGGGCGCGGCGGCGGGAGGCGGGCCGGGGGUGGCCGGGGGGCUCGGGGCCGGCGGGGACAGCAGCAUGCCGGCGGGUGAGGGGGACAAGGAGGAGGCGGCACCCCCAGCUCGCCCCGCCGCCCUGCUGCGGUGGGACGAGGUGCCCGAGGACUUCGUGGAGUGCUUCAUCCUCUCGGGCUACCGGCGGCUGCACUGCUCGGCACAGGAGUGCUUGGCCUCGGUGCUGCAGCCCACCAAUGAGACCCUCAACUUCUGGACCCACUUCAUUCCACUGCUGCUCUUCCUCAGCCGCUUCGGGAAGCUGCUGCUGCUUCGAGGCGCUGGGGAUGUGCCCUUCCACCACCCGGCCCUACUGCCCCUCUGGUGCUACGCCUCAGGGGUGCUGCUCACCUUCGCCAUGAGCUGUACGGCCCACCUCUUCAGCUGCCUCUCCCCACGCCUCCGUGCCACCUUCUUCUACUUGGACUACGCCUCCAUCAGCUACUAUGGCUUUGCCAGCACUGUGGCCUACUCCUACUACCUGCUGCCAGGGCUGAGCCUGCUUGAUGCCCGCGCCAUGAGCCACUAUGUGCAGCAGCAGCUGGGCUGGCAGCUGGACUGCAGCCUGCCCAUCGCAGUCUACCGUGUGCUGGUGCUGCCUGUGGCCCUGGCGUUGGCAGUGGGCUGCACAGCCGCGUGCUGCCGCAGCCGUGCUGCCUGCUGCGCCUACCCUUUUGCCGUGCGCACCUUCGUCUUCGCCAUGCCACUGAGCAUGGCCUGCCCCAUCAUGCUAGAGAGCCUCUUCUUUGAUCUCCGCACCCGCAACCCUACUCUCUUCAUCUACUUCUACCGGCGCUACUUUUGGCUGCUGGUGGCCGCCUUCUUCAAUGUCAGCAAAAUCCCUGAGCGGAUACAGCCAGGGCUCUUCGACAUCGUGGGGCACAGCCACCAGCUUUUCCAUAUCUUCACCUUCCUCAGCAUCUACGACCAGGUGCACUACGUGGAGGAUGGGCUGGCUGAGUUCCUCAAGGCACCCCUGGCUGCUCCCACCUACCUGGGCACUGUGGGGUAUAUGCUGCUCCUGACAAUCUGCCUGGCUGUGGUCGUAAGAAGGUUCCUCAAAGUCGCAGACCUCUGCAAGCAGGACUAGCUGUGUUGGUGACCCUUGGGACAGUGACCACCACACCGGUGACCCUUGGGCUGGAGAUCCUCUGGCCGGUGACCUUCAGACUGGCCCCACCAUGUCCUGGAGAUGUUGUGAAACCUGGGGGAAAUGCACCUGUGGAGGAGCCAGGUCCCUUUCUCCGAGGGUUGCUAGAGAAAAUGGCCUGCUCGUGCUCUUUAAACUACUAGAUUACCAGGGGAAGCAAGCAAACGCUUACUGCUCUCUAGAUAAGAAUAGCAUUUACUGUCACUUGAUGAUGUCCUGCCCUGUGCCGGGGCUUGGAAGGUGUCCUGUAAAGACUGAAGUGCUUUGCUGCUGCUGCUGCAAGAUUCUGUCAUGGGACUGCCUGAGUCACAGACUUCAGAAAUGCUGACAGAGAGGAGCAGCAGGGAACACAUGUGUCUGUGCUGUCCCAGAAGGAAAAGUGGUGGUUCUUUCUUUUAGAUAUUUAGACCUGGAAAGUGACAACUUGUGCCGAUACGAUUUUGUGGAUAUAUACAAUGGCCAU